ACCUACCUGUCUUGGGAUUUACCUUGGGUAGGGGAGAGGUGGAGGCGUGCCCCGAGAUUGGCGGAGGCAGGGUCUGGGAGGGAGUGGAGGCGCAGAUUAAGGGUGACGGUAGAUGGUUUGGACUCUGAGGACCGGAGGCAGAUUCUGAGGUUUGGACGCUAGAAGAGGCGGGAUAGUCCAGUGGAGGGAACUUGAAGCUGAGAAUGGGGCGUUUGGAGAAGCGAGAGAAACCCGCGAAGGAACUUUUGGGGCAGGGAAUCUGAAGAUUAAAACAAUUUGAGUCUUCCCGACGGCCUGAAUUCGGGGCUCCAUAGUGUUGCGGAUUCCGUACAUUUGGAGACACCAAGAGAAGCAGAGUCGAGGAAUCUUUGACUCCAAGACGCCGCGGUAGAGAGGGGCUGCGGGGAGAGUUCAGUGUUCGGGUCUUGGAGGCAGACAGGGAGUUUGGAAGUGAAGUCCAUGGCAUUUAAAAGUAAGAAAAAUAGUUUGGAGGGUCCUAAUUAAAGAUACCUUGUCUCCCCAUCGGGGAAAGAUGAGAGAACGUUGUUCGGGCUUGAGUGAUAUGUUAGGUCUUAGGUCUGUGGACCCGAGGGCAACUUGGGGAAGAAUCUCAGAUUUUCAGGGCUCUUACGGAACCGGGAGAAAGCAGAUUUAGGGCUGGAGUAAGGUGGGGGAGGGGUGUUCCGGGUGUGGAGCUCAGACCCGCGGCCCGGGAGGCAACAGAGGGCGGGGCUCGGCAGGGGCCCGGCUGCUGAACGUCCGUGUUCCCUGCCCCCACCAUCUAGGCCCCCUGUGCGCAUGCUCUAAGAGAGGGCGGGGGAGUUCUGUGCGUUUAGAGAGCGGGCCCCUCUGGGAAUUGUAGUGCUUGCACGAAGCAGGUGCAUGUAGUUUGCGGCUGUAGGUCCACAUUUCCCAGAAGCCCCAGGGCCAAAUUAGGGCGUUCCCGGGUGCUAAAUGCAGAGGCCCAGAGAAGGGCGGGGCCUGUGAGACUCUGACAAAUGGUUGGGUCAGGCGGGGCUUGGCGUUAGUUGAGUUCUAGCAAGUUUUCCUGUGGGGCACCCUUUGAGGGAAGCUGAAGGCUUGGAUGGAAGGAAUGAGGAAGGCCCCUUUCAUGCUUUUGGGAGCUAUCCCAGUUAAAGAAGAGAGCAUGGACAGAAAUACCCUUUCUGUAAAAGAAAGAAAAGAAGGUCCUCGUAAAGAAGCGACUCAACGCUCUUAACAGGGCGCCAGUGGCACCAAUAUGUUAGGCACUCAAUAAAUAAAACUACUGAAUGAAUGAAUAAAAGGCAAUUAACUUGUUCAUUAAGCACUUGCUGUGUGCUGUGCCCUGUGGAUGUUAAACGCGGCAUCUCCUUGGCGAUGCUGUGCGAAGUAUUUUUACAGUCCCCAUUUUACAGAUGAGGAAACAGGCCCAGAUAGGUGAUGUCAUGUCACUGGUCAAGACCACACAGCUGAGCAGUGCCCAAAGCUGAAUUCAAACCCAGGAUCCCUGCUUCUGGCCCAGGGCAUCAUGGUGGGAGGGUUGAAGAGGAAACACUCUGAUUUGGAAGAGGAGGAGGAGGAAGAUGGGAAGUGGGACUGGAGUCCAGCAGGCCUUCGGAACUGCCAGCAAGCCCUGCUCCGAAUCUCCCUAGACAAAGUCCAGCAGCGCAGCCUGGGUCCCCGAGCACCUAGCCUCCGUCGACACGUCCUUAUCCACAACACCCUGCAGCAACUCCAGGCCUCCAUACACCUGGCUCCAGCACCUGUCCUGCCUCCUGAACCCCUCUUCUUGGGCGAGGAGGAUUUCUCCCUUUCUGCCACCAUUGGCUCCAUCCUCAGGGAGCUGGAGACCUCCAUGGAUGAGACAGAGCCACCUCAGAAUCCAGUGGCUCCCCCAGGUCUCCAGAAUGAAGUGCUGCCCCAGCCUGAUCCAGUCUUCUUAGAAGCUCUGAGUUCCCGGUACCUGGGGGACUCCAGCCUGGAUGACUUCUUUCUGGACAUUGACACUUCUGCUGUGGAAAAGGAACCUGCACUGGGCCCCCCAGAGCCUCCACAUAGCCUUUUCUGUGCCCCAGGGUCCUGGGAGUGGAAUGAACUCGAUCACAUCAUGGAAAUCAUUCUGGGGUCCUGAAACUGAUGGAGGGGCCCUUCCUCACAUCAGCCGUGAUGGGCUAGAUCCUAGAUGAAGCUUUCAAGAGUGUGUGUGAGAGAGAGAGUGUGUGUGUGUUGGUGGGGCCUCUAGUGACUGGCCUCCUUUCCUCCCAUUUCAGGGUUCCACAAACUGUCUUGCAUGUGUGUGUCUGGUUACCCCAGCCUUCUGUGAAGGUGGAUCUUCCUGAUAUAAUUUAUCUGUUCCAAAUGCCUUAAAGGGGCUCCUUUUCUGGGAGUCUGAGUUCUCACAUGUUUCUUCUGCCUUUUCCUUCCAGUUCCCACUCCCCUUGUGACCACUGAGGCCUCAGGGAAGAUUGAAGCUGGGCCUGUCAGAGGUUGACAGGGGUGUGCUUCCAGGUUGCUCUGGAAACCCAGGCUCCUGUCUCUUGAGGGAAUGAUAGGGGCUGGUCUCCUCCCCACAGGGUGAACCCCACUUCCUCAGCAGGACCUCAGUCCCAGCAGCCUCCUGAUUCAUAACCAGGCCGGACCAUGUGCAAUAGGGUGGAAACCAAACUGCUCCAUGCCGCAUUAUUUAAAAGAAAGGCAGGGUUUUUGGUGGCUUUUGUUUGUAAAUUUUUUUUAAAUAAAAGUAUUUUGGAAGGAG